AUGUCAUCCCGCACGCGGCCGUCGAGAACACCGUCAAGCUCUGCCAACAGGUCUAGAUCGCCCUCACCCGGUCAUCGAGGAUAUUAUCUAUGUUCGUUGUGUAAUCGGGGCUUUAAGAAGCAUGAACACCUACAACGACACGAGAAGACACAUACCGCUAGUAAACCUUUCCAAUGUAUUCAGUGCGAUCGCAAGUUCAGUAGACAAGAUUCACUACUUCGACAUGUACGGCUGACCCAUCGGGAGAAGUCUGCACCUGCACCAGACAGUGCCGACACUCAGCCAACGAUACCGCAGACAGUCUUGUCAGAGCCAUCACCUCUUUUCAAUCCGGGUACUUCUGUUAGCUCGGACCCCACAAUCAGUGAUCAAGAUGCAUCUCGAACCACCAGCAAUAAUAUGUGGUCGAACGAUAUCUUGACUUCCGAUUCUAUGUUGCGCACGACGAUACCUCGGGAUGGAACUGGGACAUCAUUGGAUUACACCGAUUAUCUCGCAACAGUCCCGAUAUCGGCUUCAAUUGGGCCUGAUCCUGGACAGCUUGAGAAUCGACUCGCGCCUCUAGCGAUGAGUUUGCAGUCUUACUCGCCAGUCGCAUUCCCCCCUGCGGGGGGUGAAGACAUUUGGCAACUUCUAACUCAAGAUGUUCUACCAGACUCCCAUAGUCUUCACACCUCACCUCGCUUCCUAGCCGAAUUAGGCCUGAAUUCCGACUCCCUUUUUCAGUCUGCCACUGCGCCGUUAAGUGAUAGACAGAGGCGGAACGAAGACAAUGACGGUCAGACGAACACCCAUCUUUACCUGGAUAGAAGCAGUUUUGAAGGUCCGUCGCUAUCAUCAUCCGGUGUUGACGCGGAAGAACGUGGUGCAUAUGUUCUUUCCGCCACCAGCACAAUGAUAGCUCGCAUGUCAUCUGGCUACCCCUCCGAAGUAACCCCUCUCUCCUCAGAGACAUUGGCCUUGUGUCUUAACAUGUUCUGGACCCGUGUAUGGCCGACCUCUCCGAUCCUACAUCCCUCGACGUUCAACAUGAAGCAGACCUCAGCCCCGUUAUUGAUCAACAUGAUUGCUCUUGGUUGUCUGGCAUCACAGAAACCAAGUUUGCGCGUCAAGGGAAACUCGUUAUGGGCGCUCGUGAAUAGAAGUAUUCAUACCAGUUGGUCCCAGCUGAUCGAGAAUAAAGGUCCCUACGAUCCUUGCAAGGGUGUCCAGCUGAUACAGACACUGGCGUGCGGUCUCUUAUAUGCAUGGAUGUCAGCGAGCCCGAAUAUCAUCAAUGCAGCUGGUCUGUCGGUCGCGAACGGUAUAAGGUGGACCUAUCUAGCAGGAAUGAACGACCCUGAAGUCCUAAACCAGUCUCUUCUACCUGGGAAAAAUGAACAACUCACUCCAUCAGAGCUAGACAUCAGAUGGCGACAGUGGGCAACAAUGGAAGAUCUCAAACGAAGCUUGUGUAUCAUCUACCAAGCCGAUUGUAUAUUAGCGAGAAUGUCCGAUGUACCGCCCACGGUCGGUCCCCUAUCAAUAUCUUUCGGUGGACUUUGGGACGACGAAGCCACUUACCUCGCUUCGAAUGCGAUAUCAUGGCAUCGAGCUGUGCAAGCAUGCACUUCUCAAAUCCCUUCGAUGCACUACGUCCCGAUCAGUCACCUAUAUCGAUACUUUUUUAAAGACGACAUCACUCAAGAUCGUGAAUUGUCUUUGUUACCGAUGAUGAUACGCUAUACGAUCAUUGAAGGGCUGACCUCUUUGAUUAUCGACCCGAUCCAACCUCACUUCAUUCCUGAAUUUGGAAUCGCAAACUUAACUUCUAUCGAUCAUGCUUUGGCCAGAUAUUACACGGUCUUCCUGCAUCGAACGACCGAUCCGAGAUCUCGAUCUGUCCUAAUAGGCAGGUGGCACGAAGCGGCAAUAACGUUGGGGUACGCUCUGGCGAAACAACAUGGCUUGUCCGAUCAGCAACUAUGGCAAUCAUCUAUCGGUCGUCAUCUGCUCUUACAUGCCAAUGCGAUCAGGCAGAAUUUAGAGACUUUCCUUAUUGGAAAAGUGAAGAUUCCCAGUCCAAGUCUGCCUCAGGUGAUAUACACUGCCGCUCUAGUCUUCAAGGAAUAUCUGGCUUCUACGCCAGGACAUGCUGUUCAGAAUCCUGCGACUUUCUAUUCACUCAAUUUGGACAUCGAUUGGGAGCGAAUCAACCGCUCACUGGGUACGUGUUGUACUCAAGAUCACACGGCACCCAUAGCGCAGACAAAUCCCUCAUCUUGUACCGCUGAAGAUUUCAUCAAGCACGCAGCGACUCCUUUAUUACACGGUAUCCGUAUCAGCAUCCAAGACAUUGAUACCUUCUUGACGGUCUUGACCGCUUUGGGGCGUACCUUCCCCAGAGCCGAGGAGUUACUUAUGAAGCUCUCGGAUAGGUAUAUGUAG